CUACGCUUCUCGCUUAGCGCAUACACUCAGUGCUCCUGAGCAACAACUUGCAAACGAUUGUAAGCGUUUUCUUACCCAUAACCCAUAGCAAAGUUGCUUGCAGCUUUUUAACCUGUAAAGCAUCAAUUGUGUUGUAGGUAAUUGCAUAAACCGGAGCGACAGGAGUCUCCUGACGUGCAGAUCGCGCAAGCUUGGGUCAUAACUGUGCCCCCGCUCGCGAUGGCUCCAAGGACUUGACGUCGUAGGACAGUCUCUGGCAAGAAAUGGACAACAACGGGUCGCCGGCCCACCAGGCGCUCCUUCGGAACGCGCUGCGCGGGCUCGGCGGCGGUGCCGCAGGUAACCCGGCGGGCCCUCCGGCACCUGGCGCAGCCGCUGCCGCUGAGCCCGGCCGACAACCCCGCGGCCAGCCCGGGGGGCAGGGCGGCAACCAGCGCGCGCGCGGCCAGCCGGCAGCUCCAGGCACCGAUGGCCCUGGCCCGCAGCGGAACAACACCCACACCCACAACAGCGGCCGGCAGCCCCAGCAGCAGCAGCAGCCCCAGCAUCAGCAGCGCCCCGCGGCUGCCCCUGCCGCUGCUGCGCCGGCUGCGGGGCCGGUGCUGGGCGCCUCCCUAACCUUUGAGGACUUCCUGCGCUCUGUGGCCGCACAGCAGCAACCGGGGCAGCAGGGGCAGGUGCCGGCGGCAGCCGCCACGGCUCCCUCGCCCGGCGGCGCCAACAGGGCGUCCCAGCACCAGGCCCCGGGCCCUGGUGCGCAUGGACAGCAGCCCCAGCCGCAAGCUGCGGCGCAGCAGUACCAGCCCCAGUACCAGACCCAGCACCAGUACCAGCAGCCCCAGGCGCCACGCCAGGCCGCCAACUUCGCGGCGGGCGCUGCGCCGGGCCUCCAGCACCAGCAUCAGCAGCGGUCGCGUGGCGGCGGCCCCCAGCAGCAGCAACAGCAGCCGCCACAGCAGCAGCAGCAACAGCCGAACCCGCAGGCCGCAGCUGCCGCGGCGGCGCUUGCUCGCAUGGCCAUCGGCGGCAGCGGCGCUGCUGGCGGCGGCGCCCCCGGACUGCAACCGCCUGCUGCAGGCGCGGCGGCGGCGGCGGCGGCGGCUGCCGCAGCGGCGCAGCGUGUAACUGCGCUCAGCGGCGGCUCAAAUGCCGCGGCGGGCGGACUAGGCCUAGGCGGUCGUGCUGCCGCUGCGGGUACCGCGGGCGGUGCGGCACCCGCGGUGACCCUGCUGCAGCGGGGCCAGCCGUACCAGCCGCAGCCGCAAGCGCCGGCGGCCCCGCCCGGCCUCCAGGGGGCUGCCCAGCAGCACCCGAGCCAGCAGCAGCAGCAGCAGAGGCCGUCGCGGGUGGUGCCGUAUGUGGCGGGCCAGCGCGCCCAGCAGCCUGGUGGUGGCGGCGGCGGUGGGGGAGGAGGAGGAGGAGGUGGCGGCGGAGGGCCGGCAGCGCCGCCGAUGGUGCAGCUGCGACCACAGCGCGGGCCCCCAGGUGGUGGCGGUGGCGGUGGCGGUGGCGGCUUCAGGGGCGGCAGCCGCCGGGCGGGCGAUGACGACUGGCCGGAGUCUCGGGCUCUGCGCACGGUGAGCGACGGCGUGCGCAUCAAGGGCGGGCGGCUGGCGGACAUGGCCGACGGCGUGCAGGACACGGCCGUGCCGCACCUGUUCAGGGUGCACAGCACGAGUGGCCAGGCGGAGUGGUGGCCAGUGGACAUGAACUGCUGCCUGUGCGCCUGCCCCAACGAAAACGACGUGUGCUCGCACAUCUUCGGUGUGUGCACGCUGCACCCGAGGUACCGCAUACGUAUGGCGGCGCUGUGCAAGGCGCGGGAGCUGGUCCGGGCCGGCGCGCUCAGGUCCGCCCCGCCCGACGACCUCACCGACGACCUGGCCGCCUGCCUGCAGCGCUGGACCGCGGCGGCAGGCAGCGGCGCCAUGUCCGCGGUGGCGGCGGCGGCGGCGGCAGCCGGCAGGGGGACGCAGGCGGCGGCGGCGGCACACAGCCUGCAGCAGCAGCAGCAGCAGCAGCGGGGCGGGGCCGGGGCGCCGCCACGCAUUGCUGACGUGUGCAGGGUGUGUGCGGAGGUGGUGGUGGCGCUGCUGCUGCAGGGGGUGGUGGAGAAGGAGGACGUGUACGGGCCGGGACGCAAGGGCGGCGGCCGGCGGCAGGUCUGGUGGCAGCGCGCCGUGCAGGCCUCCGGCAGCCCUGCGCCGCCCCAGCCCCUGGACGGCCCUCCGCCCAGUCGCGCCCAGCUGCAGGCGGCGGCGGCGGCACAGCUGGCCGCAGCCACAGCCGCACUGCGGGCCGAGGAGCAGGCGCAGGCGCAGGCGCAGGCGCAGGGCCAGGCGCAGGGGCAGGGGCAGGCGGGGGCGGCGGCAGCUGCAUCCGGCGCGGCUCAGUCGCAGCAGGCGCCGCCACAGGCGCAGGGCCAGGGCGGCAAGGGACUGGCGGCCUCCGCUGCUGCCGCCUCAGCUGCUGCGGCGGGUGCGCCGGGCGCCGCGCCCAGUAGUGUGUUGGGUCUGUUGCUGGAGCUGGAGCGGGGCGUGUGCGCGGCCCUGCACGUGGACAGCCUGGACGGCGGCGGCGCGGGAGGUGCAGACGGCGGCGGUGGUGGUGGUGGCGGUCGGGGGCUGCUGGCGCUGUUGGAGGAGGGCGGUGCGGCCAUGUCGGCCGCAUUCGAGGAGGCGUGUGGUCUGGUGCUGGCCAAGGCGCAGCGGGUCAAGGCCGCAGCAGCCGCAGCGGCAGCGGCAGCAGGCCAGGUGGACGCAGCGGGGCAGGCGCCCGCAGCGGACAGCGCCGCCGCAGCAGCGGCCGCCACUGCUGCGCCUCAGGCGGACGCAGCUGGCAAGGCCGCAGAUGCGUCUGCGCAGGCCGCGGCUGCCGGCGCCGCUGCUACUGCUCCUGGUACUGCUGCGGCGGACCCAACGGCGGCGGCGGCGGCGGGUGUGGGCGCUUCGCCUCUGGUGGCGGCGCAGCUCAAGGCCUUCUGCCGCCAGGCGGCCGCAGCCGCCAGCGCUGCAGCUGACGGCGGCGCGAGUGCCGCAGCCGCAGCUGGUGCGGGUGCGGGUGCUGCUACAGCCUCCGAGGUGGAGGCGCUGGCGUGCGCGCAGUUCGGCGGCGGCCGCUUCGAAGACCUGGCCGGACCCGCAGCCAGCGGCGCGGCUGCGCUGCUGGCGGCGGCGGCUACGGGUGGCGGCGGUGGUGAUUUUGGGAGUUCGGCGGCGGAGGCGGAGGAGCAGGACGCGGCGGCGGGCUCCGUGCUGUAUGCACACGCGCUGCUGGCGGGGGCGGGGGCGGGGGCGGCCACGGGCAGUGGGUCUGUGGACGCUGCGUCAGCGGCGGCGCCGCUGGAUGUGACUGGCCUGGUGGCGGUGCUGGCGGCGCCUCCGCCCUCCGCUAGCGGCGCCGCUGCGGCUGGCGGUGGUGCGGGUGCGGGUGCGGGUGCGGGUGCGGGGCUGCCGCUGGCGUUUGUUGGUGAGGCGCUGGCCCUGUCAGGGUCCGCCGCAGGUGGUGCUGGCGGCGGCGGCGCGGCGGCGGCCGGCGCGCUGCUGCAGGUGCUCCGGGGCUGUGGCGGCGGCGGCGGCAGUGGCGGCAAGGUGGUUGCCGCGGUGGCGCUUCCAUGCGGCAGUGCCGGGCCGCUGCUGCUGGUGGACGCGGCCGCAACCACUGGCGGCUUUGCGCAGGCGCUGUCCGCUCUGGACGGCGCGGGCGCGGCUGCGGCACUGCUGGGUCUGACUGCCGGCGCCGGCGGCGUGGCGGCGCUGCCGGCGGCACUGCUGGCGGCGGUGGCGGAGGAUGCCGCGGAGCGGGCGACGCUGACGGCGGCGGCGCCGGACAGCGCAGCGCAGCGGCUGGGGGCGUACCUGUUGGAUGUGGCUCUGGCCAUGCCGCCGCCUUUCCUCACCUGCGGCCCCCUGCUGCAGCUGCUGCUGCCGCCGCGCCUGCAGGCCGCAGCAGUCGCAGUCGCGGCCGCGGCAGCUGUGGCCCCGGCGGCUCCAACUGGCGCGCACUGGUGCGCACCGCCGCAGUCAGCGGUUGAGGUGGCGGCGGCGGCGGCGGCGGCGCUGCCUGCGGCGGUGCGCACCCGCGCCCUGGCGGCGCUGUGGGCGGUGGGCGCACGCCUGGUCACCGCGCCAGGGCCGGCGCCGUGCGAGGGCCGGCAGCAGCUGCUGCUGGGGGCGCGCCUGUGUGCGGCGGCGGUGGCGGCGCUGCGGCGGCUGGGUGCGGCCGCAGCAGCCGCAGCUGCCGCUGAAGAGGCCGCAUCUGACGUGGCACAGGGGGUCAGCGCCACGCCGCAGGGGGCUGACGGCCGCGGCACCCGGGCAGCAGCCCAGGCGCCGCCGCCCGCUGGGUCUGCGGCCAGGGGCGGCGCUGCCCAGGAGGAGGCGGAUGACGGCGCGGGAGAUGACAUUGUGCUGCAGCCCAGCCGCAGCCCGGCCCCGGCCGCCGCCGCCGCCGCGUCAGGGCGCCGCAUGGGCGGCCGCGAGGGCAGCGGCGGCGGCGGCGGCGGCAGUGGGCCUGACGCUGCGGCGGCGGCGCUGGCAGCUCCCUCGAGCACUGCCUCGGCCGCCGCCGCCGUGACCCCGAGCGGAGGCCUCCCAGCGGAGCAGCCGCCCCUGUCGCCGACCUCGCCGCUGCUGCCUGCCUGGCGCCUGCGCGCGCGGGUGAGCCCCGCCCACUCGGCGGCUGUGGUCAGCUCCAUCCGGCAGCGCGAGUUCGGCGUGGGCGUGGCGGCGCCGCCCGAGGUGGCGGCGGUGCUGGCGGCGCAGGCGGCCCGGCUGCAGCGCGCCCUGACGCGGCUGGCGGCGGACCUGUACGCCAGCCGCGUGCACCUGCUGCUGGAGCUGCUGCAGAACGCCGACGACUGCAGCUACCCGGAGUCCGAGCUGGCGGCGCUGCCGGGCGGCGGCGAGCCGCCCACCAUGUCGCUGCGGCUGAGCGGCGCCGGCCUGGCAGUGGCCACAAAUGAGCGUGGCUUCAGCGAGGCGGACGUGCGCGCCCUGUGUGACGUGGGCGCAUCCUCCAAGGCGGCAGCCAAGCAGGCGCCGAGUGCCGCCGCCGCCGCCGCCUCCGGCCCCGCUGCCGCUACUGACAGCAAGGACGUGGACAGCGGUGGCGGCGGGCUGCGGCAGCAGACGGGCGAGAAGGGCAUCGGCUUCAAGUCGGUGUUUGCGCUGAGCGAUGCGCCCGCCAUCUACUCCAAUGGGUUUGCCUUCGGCUUCGAUGCGCAGGACCCCACCGGUCUGGGCUAUGUGCUGCCGCAGCCGCUGGAGCCCUCGCCCGCCGCCCCCGACCCCACACUGCACCCACACCCACACCCACAACCACACCCCGAGGCGCCAGCAGCCGCAGCCGCACCCAGCAUCCGGCCCGCCGCGCCGCCGCCGCCCGCCAGUGGCUGGGGCACAGUCAUCCUGCUGCCCGCGGCGCCGCGGCUGCUGCAGCCGGCGCAGGGCAGCAGCGCCGCGGCCACGGGUGCUACUGCCGCCGUCAGCGGGGCCAGUUGGAAGUCACUGGCAGCUGGGCUGGUGUCGCAGGUGCGGCCUGAUGUGAUGCUGUUCCUGCGGCGGGUGCGGCGGCUGGAGCUGUGGGACGAGGUGGCGGCGCCCGCAGCGGCUGGCGGCGGCGGCGGCGGCGGCGGCUGUACGGCGGCGGCUGUGGUGCACACCCUGACGCGGCGUGACAGCGAGGACGGCGCCCUGGUGCAGGUCACGUGGCGCAUUGAGGCCCUGAUGCCGGAGGCAGCAACAGCAACAGCAGCAGCAGCAGCAGCAGCAGCGGCAGGCGGUCGUGGGCAUGGGCGUGUGCUGCUGCGCGAGAGUGUGCACACGUGGGUGGUGGGCACGGCCCGCCUGGCGCCGCCACUGGUGCCGCGCGGGGCUGCCGGCGUGCGCCCCGCCGCCACCUGCGUGCAGGUGGGGCUGCCGCUGCCGCCCGCCACCACACCGGGCGGCGCAGCCGCGGCCACCAUCACCACCACGUUCACCACCUCCUCCGGCGCUGUUGAACUCGAGGCACAGGACGAUGAGGCUGCGGGCGACACAGCCACUGGCAACAGCAGCAGCGGCGGCGGCGGCCUGCCCGCUCUGCCGCCUCUGCGGGCGGCGGCGCACAGCUGCCAGGUGUACGCCACUCUGCCGCUGCGGCCCAGCGGCCUGCCGUUCGCGCUGCAGGCGGACUGGCUGGUGCCGAGCAGCCGCGAGGACAUCAGCGCGGGCGAGGGCUGGAACCAGCAGCUGAGAGACAUGGUGCCGGGCGCCUUCCUGGCCGCAGUGCGGCACGGCGCGCGCCUCUUCCCGCACCUGCGCCGCGGCGGCUGGCUCGCCUACGUGCCGCCCGCCGCCACGUCGGGAGCGGGCUUGGGGCUGGGCCUGCUGGGGGGCGCCAACAGCGCCGCCGGCGGUGGGUCGGGCCUGGUGAUGCCCUUCCUGCGGCCGGUGGUGGGCGCGGUGGCGGCGGCUCUACGCGCCGCGCCGUGUGUGCUGGCGCUGCAGCCGCAGCCGCAGCGAGCCGGGGCCGCCGGGGUGGAGCUGGCGGGAGAGGCGGAGGUGGAGGCGGAGGUGCUGCUGCGGCCGUCCCAGGUGGUGGUGGGUGCCAGUCAGGAGCUGCGGCUGCUGCUGCCCCCCGCGGCGCUGUCCGCUGCCACCGGGCUGCACUACGCCCUCACAGACGGGCUCAUGGGGCCGGAGGGGAACAGCGCCGGCGGCGGCGGCGGUGACGCGGGCUGCCUGCCGGCGGCGGGUGUGGUUGCGGCUCUGGGUCUGUCCGUGUUCGGCGCGCGACACGCCGUGGCGGCACUCCAGGCACUGCUGGGCGCGGGCGCAGGCGGGGCCGCGACGACCCGUGCUGCUACAGCUGCUGCUACAGCUGCUGCUGCCGCUACAGCCGGUCGGGACGCGGCGUGGCGGUGGCGGCUGCUGGCGGCGCUGGAGGAGCUGCUGGAGCAGGCCGAGGUGCAGCAGGGCACUCGCGGCGGUGGCGGCGGCCUGUCUUCUUCCGUGCCGCCAGCUGCCGGCGCCGCCGCCGGCUCGCUGGGCGCCCUGGUGGCGGCGCUGCGGGGUCUGCCGCUGGUGCCGCUGACGGGCGGCCGGGCCGGCACACCCGCGGAGGCGCUCCUGCCGCCGGGCGCAGCCACUGCCGCGGUCACGGCGGAUGAGGAGGAGGCGCCUGAGCAGGAGACGCAGGCGGCGGGGCAGGCGCCCGCGGCAACAGCAGCAGCGGGUGGCCUGGGCGCCUCUGGCGGAGGGGCCGGCAGCGGCAGUGGCGGCAGUGGUGGCUGCAGCUCACUGCUGGGCGAGGGCGGCUAUGAGUACGGCUUUGAGUCGGAGCUGCCGCUGGUGGACGUGGCGGCCAUCCCGCCCCGCCUGCGCGGCCGCUGCCUGCGCGCCCUGACGCGGCUGGGCGUGGCGCCGCUGCAGCCGCCCGACGUCAUCAGCAGACACGUGCUGCCCGCGCUGCAGCGAGCAGCGGCUGCAGCGGCUGCAGCUGCUGCUGCUGCUGCUGCUGCUACAGCCCCCACCACUGCUGCUGCGGCUGCUGCCCCCUCGCCGCGUGCGCUGGUGGGCUACGCCGCCUACCUGCUGCACCACACACACCUGGCCGCACGGGACCCCCGGGUGGCAGCCGCCUGGGCCGACGCACUGGUGUGGGUGCUGGUGCCGCCGCAGACGCAGGCGCAGACGCAGCAGCUGCCGGCUGGCGAGGUGGACGCGGGCAGCAGUGGGGCGCCGGCGGCCGCGGAGGAGCCGCCCCGGGGCUGGGCGGUGGUUCGGUCGGCCGAGGGCGUGUGCCUGGGACUCAGCUUCCCGGACUGGGCGGCGGAGAGGCUGCUGGGCGCCAACGGCGAGGGCGGCGCAGCCCGACUGGCAGCCGCAGCCGCACCGGACGGCCGCGGCGGCUCGGAGCGGGCGGCCGCGCUGUCCGCGUUGGCGUCCGCGAUGUCGCCAGGCAGCACCGGGGCCGAGUCUGAGGUUGAGGCUGCGGGCGGCAGUCGCAGCGGCUCGUGCCCGUGCGCGCUGUGGUCGUCUGCCUACCUGCGGUUCGGCAGCGCCGCCCAGUGGGCUGAAUUCCUGGGGCCGCACGUGCUGCGCUGCGGCUACAGCUUCGUGCGCCUCAGGCGGGAGCUGCCUACUGCUGCCACUGCCACUGCGGCUGCCAGCACUGCAGCUGCUGCUACUGCCGCCGGCACCGCCACUGCUACUGCCGCCGGUACCGCCACUGCUACUGCCGGGGACUGGAGCAGCCCCGACCUGGAGCGGCUUCUGCGCCACUGCGGCGUGACGACCACACAAGGCCCCCCACCAGCAGCAGCAGCAGCAGCAGCCUCACCCGCUGCCGCCGCCUCCCCGCCGGCUGCGUCGCUAGCGGCACUGCGCGGCGCCGCGGCGCUGCUGGACGCGCUGUGGGCGUCCGAGUGCGCCGCAGCCGCCUGGGCGCACCCCGCACAGCCCCCAGCCGCCGCACCAGCAGCCCCCCAGGCGACUGGGCCACGGGAGCGGCGGCCGUCGUCGUUCCUGGAGCUGCUGCGCCGCACCGCCUGGCUGGCGGACAGCUGGGGCGGCCUGGCGGUGCCGGCGGGCGGCGCACCGCCCCUGCCGGCCCCGGACGGCGGGGCCGCGGAGUCGUCGCUGCAGACGCAGCCUCAGCCGCCACUGCCGCCGCUGCUGCUGCCCUCGCCCGCCCUGCGCGGUGUGCUGGGCCCCUGCGCGCGCUAUGUGGCGGCUGCGGCUGUGGGUGGCGGCGGGUCCAGCGGUGCGGCUGUGGGCGGCGCGGGAGGGGCGGCGCUGGUGUCGGACCCGCGCUUCGCCGCCGCCCUGGGUCUGGCGGCGGCGCCGUCACUGCCAGUGGUGAUGUCGCAGCUGCGGCUGUGGAGCGCCGCGGCGGCUACUGCCUCUGCAGGUGACGCAGGGGCUGGACCUCAGUCCGCCGCCGCCGCCGCCCCGCCGCAGCCCUCGCUGUCCGACCUGUCCGGCUGCUACCGCUACCUGGCGGCGGGGCUGCUGGCGGAGGAGGCGGUGGCAGCGGCGGGAGGAGCGGGCGCGGGCGCCGAUGUGGGAGCAGCUUCGGAGAUGCGGCGGGCCUUUGCGACGCAAAGCUUGAUCGGCUUGCCUGCGGCUGCUGGCGGUGGCGGUGGCGGAGGUCGUGUGCCUGUGCGCUGGUGCACGUCCGCAGAGGUGGUGUGGUCGCUGGGGCGGCUGGCAUUGCCGCCGGCGCUCUCGCCCUCCGGAUCUGGCGGCGACGACUCGGAAGGUGCCUCAGCGCUGCUGCCGCCGCGCCUGCACCCGAGCUACCCCGCUGCGCUCGAGUCUUUCUUUGUGGCCCAGCUGUCAGUGGCCGCUGCGCCCACACCCACCCACGUGCUGGAGGCGCUGCGCUCCGCCGCCGCCGCGCCGCGCCCCGCCGCCGCGCUCAUCUGCCUUGCCUGGCUGGGCGACCUGCUGGCACUGCCGCUACAGCCGGCGGCGGCGACGGAGGGGGCCGCCCCGCCGUCAGGGGGUGCUACAGCCGCCGAGGCGGAGGCGGUGCUGGCGGCUCUGCGCUCCGAGCCGCUGCUGCCCACCGCUGACGGCCGCUGGGUGGCGGCGCCGCCGGCUGACCAGGUUGUGGGGGCGGGUGGGGGCGCGGGUGCCGCCGAGGCCGCAGCGCAGGGCCCGGUGGUUGCGGUGCUGGACUCCAUCCUGCCGCCUGCCAGCGCAGCAGGCACUGGCGGGGGCGGGUUGAGGCUGCGGGAUGAGGCGCGGGCGGCGAGCGCGCUGCUGCAGGCGGCGGCGGCCCAGGCGGCCCAGGCGGCGGAGGCCUGGGGUGCGGGUGCGCCCGAGGCGCGGCGGCAGCUGGAGCUCAUUGGGCCGGUGCUGGCGGGGCCCCACACGGAGGGAGCCCAUGACGACCUGGGCCUUGCGGCUCCGGCUGUAGCGGUGGCGGCUGCGGCUGGGGGCCUGUCGGCGCUGCUGUGUGGUCUGCUGGGGCUGCCGCGGCUGAGUGGGCUGGUGGUGCAGCAGGUGGCGCUGAGCCCCGCGGCGGCGGCGGCACUGCAGCCGCCGCUGGCGGGGCCGCAUGCGGUUGCUGCGGUUACGGGGCCUGCCAAGACGUCGGCGGCUGCUGACGCGGCGGCGCGGGCUGUGCUGCAGCGGCUGAAUGAUGUGGCGCCGUAUGUGCUGCGGUGGGCUGCAGCAUACGGCGGCGGGGCUGGUGUUGAGUUGGAGGAGCAGGAGGGGGAGGAGCAGGCAAGGCAGGGGGAGCUGGAGGAGGAGUCGCCAGCGUUGCGCCGCCUGCGCGCGGUGGCGGCGCGUGUGUCCGGCCUGCGUGUGUGUGCGGUGGUGUCUGCGGCUGAGCCGCUGCAGCUGGCGGGCUCCCUGGCCCCCGCUGCUGCCGCGCCCACCCUGGCGGUGACGUACCAGCUGACAGCGCUGCAGCUGGUGACGCGGCCGGUCCGUGUGCAGGCGGCGGUCCUCGCACACGCCCCGACCCCCGCCGCGGCCCCAGUGGGUGCGGUGCUGUACGUGCACUGCCGCAGCCAGGGCCCGGUGGAGGCGGCGGCGGCGGAGGCGGCCCCGGACGCUGAGGCCUGGCGGGCGGCGUAUGAGGAACUGUCCGGGUGGCUGCUGUCCGGCGGCAGCGGUGCCGCGGCCGCCAGCUCGCCCGCCGGCUCCUCGCUGGGCCGGCUGCUGCUGCUGCUGCACACGCUGCUGGACGCGGGCCAGGCCCCCGGGUCGCCCGGCCUGGAGGCAGCCCUGGCGGCGCUGCACGGCCGCCUGCCGCUGCCGCCCGCAGCGGUGGAGGCGGCGGUGGAGGCGGCGGCAGUGGCGGCGGCGCCGUCGCCGUACGCCGCCGGUGCCGGUGCCGGUGCCGGCUCGUGGGCCCGUGCGGGUCCCAGCCCGGGCACCGGCUUGGGACUUGCUGGUUCGGACACGGGUGCGGCGGCGGCGGCAGGCGGCGCAGUGGCGGAUGGGCCGGUGGCUCCGCUUGUGUUCCGGUUUGGGGCCAGGUGGGAGGCACCGCCGGCCGGGCAGGAGCGGCAGUCAGGAGGGGACAGCGGCGAGCCUUUGGGCUCCGACCGCAGCGGCUACAACAGCGGUGAUGAAGGUGGUGGAGGUGGAGGUGCGGGUCGUGGCGCUCACCGGGCGGAGGCGGAGGCGCUGGGGGAUGACGAGGUGGCGGCGGCCAUGGGUGGCCGCACAUCGGGCGGCCGCAGCGGUGGAGGCGCUGGAGCCGGUGGUGGUGGUGGUGGCGCUGGCCGCAGUGAAUGGAGGCAACGGCGGCAGUCUGGCGUCGGCGACGGGGUGAGUGACGGCGAGCGUGGGUACGACAGCGGCAGUGGUGACGAGUACGCGGCCGGCGACGAGGGCGAAGACGAGAUCCUGCUGGGGGCUGAGGGCCUGCGCCCGGCCCGCACCGGCACGGCCAUGAACAGCGAGCGCCGCCGCCGGCCGGGGCAGGAGCCGGACGGCCCGCCGCCGCCGGGUGGCGGCCCCGGCCCGCGCCGCGCCGCCGCCGAGCCCAGCCCCUUCUCCUGGAUGGACGCCGCGGCCGAGGGCGGUGAGGGCGGUGAGGGCGGUGAGGGCGGCCAGGGCGGCCAGGGCGGAGGAGGAGCUCCUCGGGAUGGGCUGCGCCCACGCGCGGGCGGCUACGGCGACUAUGACGAGCGUGAGGAUGCGGAGGGGCUGGGCCGCGGUCUGGGCGGCCCUGGAGGCCCGGGCGCAGGCGGGCCGUACCUGGGUGGCCCCGGCCCUGGCCCGGGUCUGGGUCGCCUGAUGGCAGGUGCGGGCGGCCCGGCAGGUGGAGGAGCUGGGGGCGGCGGUGGUGGAGCGGCUGGUGGCGGCGGCGGCGGCGGGGGGCUGUUUGGCCCCACUGCGGCCUACAGUGAGGAGGUGCUGGACAUCGGGCCCGAGGUGCACAGGCGGCUGGCUGGCGGUCUGGGUCCGCUGCAGCUGCCGGUGCUGGCGGGUGACGCCACACUGCCGCACGCGGCGCGCGAGGCGGUGGGGCGCUGGGGCGAGGCCUACGUGGCCGCGCUGCUGCAGGCGCAGGCGCAGCCGGACGAGGUGGUGGAGUGGGUCAACGCGCGCACCGAGCAGUGCGCCCCCUACGACCUGGUGGUGCGGCGCCGCGGCCCGGGGCGCGAGGUGCUGGCCUACGUGGAGGUCAAGACCAGCGCCGCCUGGGCCAAGACCUACUUCGAGGUGUCGCACCGGGAGUGGCUGUUCGCGCAGCAGGAGGGAGGCCGCUACCACAUAUACAGGGUGUUUGGCGCGGGCCGCGGGGAGGAGGGCGGCGGCGGGCGGGCGCGGCCGCCGGGCGCCGAGGACCAGCCGCGUGUGGUGCGCAUCGUGAACCCCUACCUGCAAUGGCGCAGUGAGCGGGUGGGCAUUUGCUUGGUGCUGUAGGCCCGUGAUCGCGGGUAGCGGCAGGUAGCCAGACCGGCGGGAUGAGUGUGUGUGUGUGUGUGUGCAGAGCAGCAGGUUGGAGGUGCCAGGAAGGCAGUGAAUCAUGCUUCGGGAGGGAGUUCGGUGCGAGACAGGCGAAUACGAGAUGGCGGGACUAACGUACAGGCGACGGGGGGGGGGGGGCGCGACGGGACAUACCGUCGCGGCCCCGUAGGAACAAAGUGCCACGGGAUGGGCGGAUGGCCCACGGAUUCGAACUCCUUGUCCCAAAUUCCGGACUGUAAUAUGCAAAUGAGGUCUACUGCUCGCGUCCACCAGCAGCUUAAACUAAGUCCGUCACGCGACCUUUCGGCUCGGUGCACUGUUGCGAACAUGGUUCCGCCCCCGAAGCGCGUUGACGCGGUGAACAUCCAGAACACAACCGCGCACCCAUUGAAGUUCACGGUUGUCUACGAUAACCACAAGGAUAAGACCGAGAUAGCGGAGACGCUGACGGUGCAGCCGGGCCAGGCGCACGUGUUCGGCGCCAAGGAGCUCAACAUGGGCGGCUGGCAGGCGGUGGCGCCCGUGCUGCGAGUGCAGGUGGACGGACCCAGCGGCAAGAGCCACACCCUCACUCCGCAGGUGGGGGGCAUCGUUCCGGUCCUGGGCGUCAAGGCGACCGACGCGGCGGGUGGCGUCGCGCUGUCGCAGCAACACUGAGAACCGCAUUCCAUGGACUGUGGAAGGGGAUGCGUCCGCAAUCCGCAUGCGUGCCGUCUGCUUGGAACGGGACAUGCGGCUUCAGGUGGUGAUGGUUGAGUUUUUCUUUUGUCGGGGGUAACAAUGACAUAGAAAAGGGGCUGCCCACUUGACAGAUACAGAACAUCGACUGUCCCUUCUGUUGAUGGUUUCCCUGAGACCUGAAUGACUGGGCAUGUCGGCGCGGGCACUGCAGGUGACAGAGGCUGCCGAGCGAUGUUCGCAUGCCCUUGUGAUUUGUUGCUGUCAUAAAUUGUGAUUUCUGGCCAAGGAGUGGCUAUGCGUGCCUUCGGGUGGCAUUGUGUGUUGGCUGCGUGAAGGGCGGCGUGGUGUGGGGACGAUGUGCUGUGGCAGUGGCCCGAAGACCUGGCGUGCUGAGGUCAGCGUCUGUGAGCGCACAGGCAGGCAGAUGCCACCUUGGCUCCAUGGCUGCAACUCCUCAGCCGCCUCUCCGGCUCUCCGCCAGUCUCCGCCUAUCAAUGUUAGGGAGCGGUAACCCCCACAGCAGUAUGCCCUGCUGUCCAAGAUCCCAUAGAAGGCCGGAGGGCACGUGGGAGUAUGGGACUGCGCACGAGCUCGAGACCCAAUGGAGAUGCGGCAGAACCGGCUGCAUAGGGCUGCAUCUACCACGGGAACAGGGGCACGGUGUCAUUUGAAGUGGCCGCGCCCACUAGAACAUGAGAGUGAUGAGACGCUGCCUGCUCCCUGCGGAAACACCAUAUCACCUCUGCCGGCCUGCCAGGCUACCACCAUUGCUAUGCUGCGAGCAGUGCAGGCCUGUGUUGCAGCUGGGCCUUCCGGAAAGUUUCCAUCAUUC